CAAUGAUGAAACACAUUUACAGGUGAACAAUGAAUGCAUUCAGCCUACAGUGUGUUCUUUUCUUCCUCUUAGGAUUGGAUUUUCACCUACUAGGGUUUUGUUCUAUAGAGCUGACCAGCGUCCCCUCGGUAGCCACAGACGGGGAGCCCCUCAUUCUGACGUGCAACAACACGGAGGAAGAACACGACAACAACUGGUUUCGAAAUGGCGACCCCAUCUUCGUCACCAUCCCAUCUUGUUCAUCCUUGAGCAAUGCGUCCAUACUGAACAAGGAGCUGUUCAACGAGUACCUGUCGGGGCGUGUCAGUGUCAGUUGCCAUGGCAACCAGCACAACGUUACCCUCAUGGUUGACUCCGACAUUGACGACGAAUCUGUGUGGUGGUGCGAAGUGGAGGAAAGAAGCAACAACAUCACUAUACGAAUGAAUUCUUCAGCUCCUUUGCUGUCAUCUCCAUCAUUGCCUACCACACAUGUCUCGACAUCUGUACCAACAUCUACCAUCCCAACGACCUCUACUUCUACUUCGCCAUCUUCAUCGUCAAGCAUGGCAACAUCUUCAGCUAAACAUGGCGUUUCAUCGUCGACAACUACAAGUAGAUCAACAACUGCAGCAAAACGGAUAUAUCCAUAUACAUCUGUAUCUACGUCAACCAUUGCAACACUUGAACAAACUCAAACAGCUGGAAACAAGACAGCGGAAGAGCAUGGCAAAGAAGCCCCUGAUGUGCAACACUUUUAUGUCGUCGCUGGAUCGGUGUGUGGUACUGCAGUAGGCAUCCUCAUCAUAACAGCCGUCGUUAUAAUGUGGACAAAAAGCAGACACAAACAGAAGGAAGAAAGUGCAGCCAUCAUGCAGUCGGAAGAAACAAACCACUUUUACAUCAACGAAGCUGUGCAGCAAGACGUGGACGCUGUGUAGUCAGUUGUCACUGUAGUCACUGUAGUCACUGUAGUCACAGGCCCUUGUGUCUUUGCGAGGAUUAAAGAUUAAAAUUUUUUUUGAGAUGACCCCUGACUCGAAAUGCUUCACGGUACAGUAAAUCAUGACUUAUUGUACUGUGUAGCAUUUCAAAUCGGAUGUCAUCUAAAAAACACAUUAAUCCUCGGAAAGACACGAGGGCCUUUGACUGUAGUGGGCAUAAGUGUCAGUAUUACACAGCCGAAAAUACUGUCAUUAUCUUUUAGAUAUGACACCAUGUUCCGGAAGUAACGUUCAAAUGCCUUUAAAAACAGAGAUUGCAGAUUCUUAUUACCAAGUGCCAUAUCACCUUUUCGGUAAUAUCGAAAAUUACCAGAAUUGCAUUGUGCUAUAAAAGAAUAAUAGUAAUGAUAAUAAUAAUAUGGAUUCUUAUAUUGCGCUAAACUCCACACGAAAGUGUGUUUAAAGCGCUAACAGAGUUCAUAGAUAUCACAUGUGUGUUUACAACGUGAAUAAUCUCAGCCGACAUAGCGCACUUCGAGCUACUGUGUGCGUUGUCUGAAGACUGCAAAAUUCUUUCCAAAUCUGUCAACGUUAAAACUAACAGAAACAACCUCACUACAUUACUGAUACUAGAAGAAAAAUGAACCUGCUGGCACAGUUAUGUCAGUACACAAUCAUCAUUCAGUAGGCAAGACCAAAUGUGAUUGUUCAAAUAAGCAUACAUAACUCUGGCGGCAAGUCACAAUUGGGUUUGUACGGGAAGGAAUGAGUACGGUUUUAAUACUUCCCCCGAGAGUGUGUUUCUGGUCCUCAUGGCGAUCCAAGCUAGCUUGAUUU